CCCACCCACCCACCCACCACCACCUACAAUGGCGAAAAAAGACAAGAAGAAAACCGUCGACAAGAAAGCGCGGGUGGCAGAAAAGACCGCGCGUAAGUCGGCGACGAAGGAGAAGAAGUCCUCGAAGAAGGCCGGCGGCAAAGACGUGAUCAUCGAUGCGACGGACCAAGACAUCGACGCGGUGCUCGAGGAAUACGCGCGCAAGCAAGCGCAGUUCCUGAAAGUGACCGAGACUGUCCUCGACGGGCCGCCGCCGCUGCGCUCAGGGCCCACGCUCACCGCGUCGCCCGCCAGCGCCAGCGAGCUGUUCCUUUUCGGCGGCGAGACUUUCAAUGGCUCGCUCGCGGCGUUCUUCAACGAUCUCAACAUCUACAAUACGGCCACGGGCUCGUGGCGGUGUAUCACCAGCCCGAACUCGCCGCUGCCGCGCAGCGGGCAUUGGGUCUGCGCGACGCAGCACGCGGGCGGAACGCUGUGGCUGUUUGGCGGGGAGUUCAGCAGUCCGAAGCAGAACACGUUCUACCACUACAACGACUUCUGGUCGUUCGAGUGCAAGACGCGGGAGUGGGCGCGAGUGGAGGUGAAAGGGAAGGCGCCGCCGGCGCGCAGCGGACACCGCAUGGUCGGCUGGAAGAACCUGGUCGUACUGUGGGGCGGCUUCCAGGAUACUAGUGCGAGCACAAAGUAUCUCGGCGACUUGUGGGUGUUCAACGUCGUGUCGUAUACGUGGACGCAGGUGGUGCUGCCGGCACAUGGGCAGCGCCCCGAUGCGAGGAGCUCGUUUUCGCUGCUGCCGCAUGAGCAGGGCGCUGUGCUGUUCGGUGGGUACUCGAAGACGAAGGUGGCGAGUGCACAGAAGAAGGGCGGCGGGAAGAUGGCCGUCAGCGAGAUAGGGAAUGUCCAUGAGGAUAGUUGGCUGCUGAGGCUGGACCAGGAGGAUAUGGGAAAGAUCCGCUGGGAACGGAGGAAGAAGCCCGGGAAUGCCCCGAACCCCAAGAGAGUCGGUGUCACGAUGGCCCCGCACAAGGGCCGAGGGAUAAUGUUUGGUGGUGUCCACGAUAAGGCCGAGACCGAUGAGGGCUUGGAUAGUAUAUUCUUCAACGAGCUGUACGCGUGGAGUGUCGAGCGGAAUCGCUUCUUCCCCCUAGCUCUCCGCAAAGCCAGACAGCAGAAGAGAAUGGUGGAGCAAAGAGGCGGCCGGCGAGACCGUGGAAGGGAAGCGGAAGAGGAGCUGUUCAAGAAUCUUGCACGACUGGAGGCGGAGCAGGCGGGGAAGUCGGCGGAAGAAAUGCGUGAGGAGGAAGAGCGGAAGAAGGCGGAUGAGGAGAAGGAAAGGCUUGCGAUCCUGCAACAGAGCGAACUGACCCUAAAUCUUCCAACCCCAAGGAUGCACUGUGCACUCGCCGUCCAGGACGACGUAUUGUACAUCUACGGUGGUACAUUCGAGAAGGAGGACCGCGAGAUCGCCUACGACGAGCUAUUUGCGAUUGACCUGGGGAAGCUGGACGGAGUAAGGACCGUCUUCAGCAGGCAGACAGAGACCGAAUGGGUCGAUUCGGAGAGUGAAGACGACGAGGACGACGAGGACGACGAGGAGGACAGCGAGGAAGAAGAGGAGGAAGAGGAGGAAGUGAAUGAGAAGAAGCCCAAGAUCAGUGAAGCAGAGCUGGAAGAGAGGCGUGCCGAGAAGGCAAAGAAGAAGGCCAGAACCGCCCCGGCGAUUGAAGUACCGGCAGAAUCUCCUACAGCAGAGGAUCAAGAGGAGCCUGAGCACCCAGCAGCUGAGGACCCGGCACCUCACCCGCGACCCUUCGAGUCAUUGCGCGAGUUCUAUGCCCGCACAUCGAACGAGUGGCAACAGCUGCUCAUCGAGCAGGCCGAGGCCGAAGGCAAAAACACGAUGAAGACGGUCAAGGAGUUGAAGAAGGACGCGUUCGCGAUCGCCGAAGAGAAAUGGUGGGAUUGCAGGGAAGAGAUUCGGGCGCUGGAGGAUGAGCAGGAAGAAGCUGGCAUUGGAGAGGUGGUCAGUCUGGCGGAUAAGUCUGGCGGCGGAGGCGGCGGUGGUGUGGGCAGGAGGCGAUAGUAUGGGUUAUGGAUAUGCUGUAAGUAGAUGCCUAUUAGACACCUGACAUCGUACGGACUCUAUAUCUACAAGAACAAUCCACCACCACCACCACCACCACCACCACCAAUAAGCUAUCAUGCACCUCCCAGUACCGCCAUCUUACUUACAACCCACUACUCCCCUUUCCGCCC